AUGGUUAAUCAUGAGAGAAGUGAUGACACCAGCAGCGACGACUCCUACCCGUGUAGCUACGAAUUCCGACCCAGAGACAAACGUAGGCGUGAAGACGAGAUCAUAAUAUCUGACGACUCAGAUGCAAACAUAGAGACAAACUGUGCUUCCGAGGGGAGUAUCGAACAUACUAAAAAUGAGCAUGAGGAGGUGAGUCACAAUGAUAUGGAGGUUGUCAAGGGUGACAAGGAGAAGAAGUCUGAUGAGGAGGAUGAUUUGUGUGUUCUGAAGGAGGCACUUGAGGCGGCGGUGACGACAUCGUUUCAAGGUUUAAGUCAAUAUCAAAAGAAUUUGAUGUUUCAAAACUUGAAGAACCUUGGAGCUGAGACAAGAAAAGAGCUAACUGAUGGAUGGAAGGAGCUGAGUGUUGAGGUGCUUCGCUUGAACGCCAAGAAACAAACUUUCUUUGCAAAGUUUGCAAACGCUGGGGCUUGA